AUGUUUUUUGGCUGCCCAUCUCCGGACACUUAUCGUAAUAAUAUUCAUGAAUUAAGAGUCAAGCUGUAUAAUAAUCGCUCAGCCAUGAGCAUCCUUGAGCAGCAGUCGAAUGGUCCAGAACCGUACAAUGCGCUUACAAAAAUUACUAAGCUGCAAUCAGAAAAUACGGCCUUAAAGCAAGAGCUUCGUUAUGUCAAAGAAUGUCUGAGUCAAGUGAAAGCCAACCAAAAAAAUCAUUCUCACUAUGAUUCCCAACCAUAUUCCGAAAAAUUAAAACAAUUGGGUCUUAAAGGCUUGGUGAACAGUUUGGAAACAGAACUUUUUGAGAAAGAUCUAAGUCCUCGACUACAGGCAGAUUUGGAGGCUGCAACAAUAGACCAGAGAGGACUGCGUCGUAAAGUCAACCAGUUGUCUGAGGAACUAUGCUUCCUAAAAGGCGGGUCAGUACAUAGGAUAACUGGUGACUUCCCAUCAGGUCAAUUGAUUCGUUCCAAUCAAUUUGAUACCAUGUCAAGAUAUCAGAAAAAUUGUUUAAAUCAAAAACCGAUCUCAUCAAUUUUGAAUACUAAAUUAAACAAGGUAACUCGCAGAGCCGAUAGAGCAUUAUCAGGAAGUAAUCGUCGAUUUGAUCCAACUGCAUAUGUGAGAGAAAAAGAAAAGCAACGAGAAGAGAAUGCCCUUAAACGAAAAUUGGCACAUCGGCAAUCAUUGAUUGGUACAGCAUCAAGAUCAUCUUCAAAUUUAGAUCAUCGAUACAAUUCUGAAGCUAAAAAUACUAACUAUACACGAUUUGCACGUACUUCCAGAACUUCAUCACCAGUAUUUUCAUCCUGUGAAUCUGGUUUAGAGUCUAUAAGUAGGACACAACAAUAUUCUAAGAUUAAUGGAAAAUACGACCGUAUUCAUUCAGCUUACACAACUAAUAAUUUUAAUAGAUCUGUUGGUUGUUCACCUCGUCAUUCACCGUUAAGAUCUUCGCGUUCUCCUGUCAACAGUUAUUAUUCUUCUAAUUCUCCAGAACCUUCAUAUAGAAAUGUCAAUCAAAUGAAUAAUUAUUUACGAAAUCAUAAUAAACAUGAUUCACCCACUGCAUUAAAUGAUAUUAAUAUUUAUAAAUCUUCAAAAUCACGGUCAAAUGUAGAAAAUCCGCGUUCAUCUGAAAGCUGUCCGAAUGAUAACGAAAUGGAUUCUGAUUACAGUAUGUGUUCUGGACGGUUAUCACGUCGAUCACAACCAACUAACAGACAUAUACAUUCAAGAAAGAAACCAACUCCUGAUGUUGAUAAAGAUUUAGACGAAAUCGAUCAUCGUUUAAAUGUACUUCAAGGAUUUUUUGAAAAAUAUCUACUUUCUUAA